GUGCCGGCAACAGAGCUAGGAAAUAAGGCUGUAAAGAAAAACUUUAUCCACGUAACCUAGGAAGUUAGCCGGCCACAACCACCCUCUUUCAGCUGCCUCUGUGCUUUCUGACUGCAGAGUGCCUGGCCCCUGCCUCCUCAGGCUUCUGCUUUGGCCAACAAUUUGAGCCUGAGUAUUAUUACCACAUCAACAGAAGCCACCAAGACUGUUUCAAGCCUCAGAAAAUUAUGCCUAGGACCAGCUAUGUGAAGAGACCUAUCCAGCCAGGUAACCACAACAUGCUCACCACCAACCAGGUACUCUUACCUCCCCCACCCUCUGGACAGCAAGCUUUUCCAGUUCAUAUUCAAAGAAGAAAAGUUGCACCACUGGAAUAUCAGAGUUACACAGGCUGUCUCACUAGAGACUUUCGUACUGUCCACAAGGAAGCCUAUGAUGGCUGGGAUCCAAGCAACUAUCAGCAGCCAAAACCUGUGCACCUGCAGGAUGAGCUUACCAAUAUGGUCCGGAACAGCAAUGCCAAGUUUGAUGACUCCACAGUGACCAAGGUCUCCUACCCACCACCCUUCAAAACAAUAAAAGAAGCCGCAGGCAAGCAGCCCACCAGCACAUUCAGAGGUCCUGAAGUAAAGUUUCAAGACGUCACCACCAACAAGCAAUUUUUCCAGAACUGGGGAACCCAACCCCGGGUCCGCCAUGGAGAUAUCCAUGAUAGGACCUACCUUAAGCCUAUGCUUCCAUUUGAAAGCCAAACCACCACCAAGAGUACCUUUAUGCCUACAAUUGCCAAAAAGGUGAAGUUAUUCAAGCCCAAAAGCAGUGGCAUCAGGAUUGAGGGAAAUCAUGACUUCACCACUGUGUACAGGGAAGCAUACAGGCCCAAAACUCUUCUGAUGCAAAACCAGGACACAGAAUCAACAAACACAGAGCCUACAACUCAGCUCACCUGAGCAAACUAUGUGUGGCUCAGGAUGCAGUCCUCUGCCACAGUUCCAUACCCAGAAAAUAAGGACUUUAG